AUGUCGGAUAUAUUGUGCAAGUGGCUCAACCAGGAUCUAAAGCUGUCCAAAACUUUAGACCCCAGGAAUUUUGCCAUGGAUUUUUCUAAUGGUUACCUGAUUGGAGAAAUUCUUCACAAAUAUCAAAUGCAGCAUGAUUUUAGUAUGUUCCUGAAGAGAGAUACUUCCAUCGCCAAAGUGAAUAACUUUACACGACUUGAGCCUACUUUAAAGCUGCUGGGGAUCUCCUUUGACAUCAACACAGCCCAAGAUCUGAUGCAGGAGAAGGAGGGUGUUGUUACUCACCUUCUUUACCAACUUUAUGUCUCACUUGAAAAGAGAGAGAAUACAGAAAUCAGCAGGACAAUGAUGGAAAUUAAUCGACCCCCAGGCCAAGCUUUUUUGCACAAAAAGGAGCAUGAGAUCUUCUCUUGUCGACUCCCUCAGGUGGUGAAGCGUGAUUCAGACCUAAAGCUUCAGAAAAUUUCUCAGCGCUUUGAGGAUAAAUACCAGCAACAAGUGAAUGACAAAUCAAUGGUGACCCAACCUAUGAAGUCAAGGAGGCUGCUCAAAGUCCAAGAUAGGAAAAGAAUGGAAAGCAAAGAGAAGGUGCAUCAUCAAGACCACAGUGAUGUGACUGAAAACCAAUUUGAUGUGCCAAAACCAUCUUCCUCUAUUUUAAAUGUUAAUAUAAAGCAAAAACAGCAACAACACAAAGAACAAGAAGCACAGCUAGUUCAAACUGAAAUUGCUCAAUUUGAGGACAAAAAGAAGAAACUGGUUACUUCCAGUUUUUCUUACUCAUCAAGUUGUCUUGUUUUCCUUGAUUUUUCUCUUGAUAGCAUCAAACAGGACUGUGAAGGUUUUGAAAGUGAACAAAAGUGGUUAUUAAAAUCCAAUAGUGAGUAUAUACAGGGGAUCCGACAGCGGUUAAAGGAGAAUAAAAUCACUUCUGAGCAGAGGGAAAAAAGACUUGACAGAUUUUUGGUGGAGCAAUUCAAGGCUCUUGAAGCGCAGCAGGAGGUGCAACGAGAGGAACAAAUGGUGAGACGUCUGACACGUCAGACUAAGCAAGAACAGCGCUUGGCUGCCCAGCUAAUGCAGAUACGUAGGCAAAAAGAAGUGAUUCUGGAGAAUUGUGCAUUCAGAGAACAGCAGUACCAACAGAGAAGAGAAAAAGACUUCCAGGAAGCUCUGGACAGAGAGGCGGUUUUGGCUCAGCAAGCUAAGCUGGCCCGUGAAGAAGAUAUCAAAAAGGAGCUUGAAUUCAGUAGCAGGAUUGCUGCUGAGCGUGCGCAAAGCAGACACAAAAAGCAUUUUGAGAGCUGCAAGGACAUUCUGGGGCAGAUAGUGGACUUGGCAAGCAAGGUUGGAGAAUAUCGUCAGCUCACUGAGAAUUUAAUUCCAAAGAUGCUAAUGAGAGAGUGGAAGGAAUUAUUCUUCAGAGAUCUUCCUCUUUAUGAGCCAUUGAAAAGCAGUCAGCCAGAGUAUGAGCGGUCCACGUCACUAGACCCCACAGAGCUUAAGAAACAGAAGAUACUCAACAACCUGGCUUAUUAUGAAUACACAAAUAUGGUAGGGGAAUGGGCUUGGCCAAAGGAAGCAACUGAGACAAAAUUACCACCAAGCCCCAACAACAUUCUUGUCCAUGUUGUCCAACGACUGGAGAAAAUUGUUCAUCCAUCCGUCAUCAAAUCAGCCUCCCCUUCGUUUGGUCACACUCCCAUCAAAGCCUGCGUACUGGGCAAGUUUUGCUCAGGCAAGACUACCUGCCUGGCUAAGAUUUCUGAAGCACUUGGUAUUUGUGUUUUAUCGGCCGACACACUGAUUGAACAGAGACUGAAGUCUGUAGAAAAGCUACCUACUUGUGCAACACAAGGAACUGUUGCAGAAAAAGGUACAAGGAAAGAAAAUACCAUCUCAAAUGAUCUGUUAGUGGAUGUUAUGGUAAAGGCAAUCAGUCAAAUUCCAGCUCAGUCAGCUUGGAUCCUGGAUGGCUUUCCAUAUAACAUCACCCAGGCUCAUCUUCUAGAGAAAGCUCUGGGCGGGUUUGUAGAGGAAGUAAAUGAAACCGUCAGCAACACAAACCUUGCUGCAGAUCCAGAUCCACCUAAACCCUCCAAACACCCUGCACCUGUGCUGGAUUUGGCUCUUCUUUUGGAUAUCUCAGAUGAGUGUGUGGUCAGACGGGCAUACAAACAUGAUGAUGCAGCUGUUACAGCUUCCCAACCUUCAGAUUUGUAUGUUGCACAGAUUCCAAUCAGAACCACAACAUUUCAAGAAGACUGGCCAGAGUUAGAGGAAUGGUUUGGUGAAAAGCAAAACAUUUUGGCCCGUGUCAGUGCAGAUGUGGAUGAAGGGGAGCUUUACAGCAAGGUGGAAUCCAUCUUGCAGCGAGUAAUCCAAAAAAAGCAUGAAGCUUUUGCUAAUCCUGCUGUUGAAGAUGUGGUGUCAAACAGUGCAAAACCACGGGGCACUCCUUUACCUUUUGCAAAACAACUAACAGCUUUUACUGGUGAAGAACUUGGCUUUAUGGAAUCCUGCUCUAUUCUUAAGGAGGAUAAACUUCAAUGCCACACUGGAAAUGUGUCACCUUCCUCAGUGUACGAUGAGAACAAUCACGAUGUCUCCAAGGACCAGUCAAAGACCACAUCUUCAAAACCAGGUUCAGCUCAUCAGCUCUUUGUGGAUGAACCCAUUUCUUUGGAAACAGCAGAGUACCUUUGCUCAUACUGGGACAAUAUAUGUGAGUCUUAUGUGAAUAAUAUACAGCAAGUAAUGGAGCAUCUGCGCUCACAACUCGCUGCUGUUGAUUUGGACUUUUUCAAUAUCAGAGAAAGAUACAAGCAAUACUUGGGUCGCCCUGACUUGAAACAGGAAUUAGUUUCUCAGUGGCAAAAGGACUUCAAUAGCAUAGCUGAUGAUAUGAGAAAAGAUGAGGAUACCAAAGCAGAGCUACAUCUGAGAAUGGAUGAACUGCGUGAACGACUGUGGGACAUUAUUGAUAAAUGUAAAGAGGAAAAUGCGCACGAGAGGGCCACCCUCAAAACUAAUGGGUGGCUGGAAGCCCACACUUCUCUCCUUACCAACCACCACUCUAUACUAAUACAGAUAGAGCUGAGCUAUUUUUGGGAAACACUCUGUCUUCUAAGGGUCUACUACUGGGGUAUGCACAGGCAGGUGCCGCUGAAACCACUCUCUAAACUUUGUCAUAUCAACUUGAUCAAAACCCCUGGAAAUACAGACGAGGAUGAGAGGCAAGAAACUAGCUCAACCUCAAACCAGGCUCAGUCAGAACCUGAAGAGCCAUCAGAUGAGAAACUCAUCUCAGACUACGAGGAAGCACUUAAAGCCAUCAGCACAUUGGUGUCAGCAGAGACCCAGCAGAGGGAGACAAAAGAGCAGAAGGAAAAAGUGCAAGAGAAAGAGCAGACAUUGGAGAAGAACUCAACAUCGUCAGAUCAAAAACAGACAGAUGUUGACACAGAGAAGACACAGACUGAAGACCUCCCAGAGACGACUCACGAUCAAGAGAUCAGAGUGAAAAUACAUGAAGAAUAUACAGCCGCACUAAUUCAUGAGGAGACUGCUGCAAAGCUGCGUGUUGAGCUGGUAAAAGAUCAUGGUCUGGUGAUGGUUCACUCUUUGGAAAACAGAGCUCAUGAGAUGUUUACCAACAUGGAAAAGUGGUUUCAAGGACGCUAUCUGUCAGAAAUGAAGAAUGUUGACCAACUAUCAGAGGUGGUUCGCCACUUUAUAGAGACUGGUGCUAAGCUGCAGUAUGAGCUGGUGUUGGAUGGAUGUGAUUUCUAUUUGAAUGGAGACUGUCUUUUGGUACCAAGUCCAACACCUCCUCCUCGUCCAGCUCCUUUUGAGAAUCCAAUACAAUCCACACUAACUAUUGCUCAGUUAGAAUCACUACACCAUCAGCUAUGCAACAUUGCUCCAUCAGGCCUUAUAUCAAGCUUUGAGUUAUCUAAUUUCCUUGAAGACACAGUUUCCAUCAGCAGAGGCAGAAACAUCUUACCUCAGCCCUGGACAAAUAUGAAUGAAACACAGUUGGUAGAGGUUGUAUCUUUAAUAAGGGAUGAAUUUGAGCUGGUAGACUGGCAUCGGUUUCUGCUCAGUGCUGCUCUUCCUUGGCCAUUUCCCACAUUGACACAGCUGCUAGAUGUGCUGCAACAUUUCAAAACAGCAGAUGCUGAUGGCGCAGGCUACAUAAACCAGAAACAGUAUUUACAGACAGAAUUAUGGUUUUCCAGUGAGACUGUCCAGAAUGUACCUGAAGACCCUUCAGAUCCAUUACCUUUCAGCCGUCUGGCUAACCUACGCAAGUUCUUUUUCCAGCUGUUUGCAGACCAUUCCAGGUCUCCUCCACGACUGGAUUAUGUGUCCAUGUUGCAGUACUUUGCAGCUGACCCUAACCCUCAACAGGGUUUCAUCAGAGCUCUUAGUGUAGUGUUAGGACAACAUAUCCAUCACCCUCCAUCAAGCCUUCUAGUAAAGUCCAUGCCGAGUUUUGAAGAAGCCUCAGAGCUCUCCUCACACUUUAAUGGGGACUACAUGGAAGAAGAUUCCUUGUUUGCAUCAAGCUGCUUUAUUAAGGAUCAGGAAGUGCCACUUCCUGCUCUCUUUAAUGUUAUCUGCCACAAAGUUGCCAAGUUGAAAGACAACUCCCCCCUUCCUCCGGGCUGCCUCAGUCAGGAGGAGCUUACACAGCACCUGCUGAACGUGUACAGGGAUCUGGGAUACAAUCCAGAGGACUCUGUCCCUUUCUCUAUUCUUUCUAAGCAUCCUUACACUCAAAAGCUGAUAGAAACCUCAACACAAUACCAGCUUGUGGACAUUCACAGUGUGCUGCUUGGAUGA